AUGGCUGGCCUACUCACAGGUCCGGCCUCCACUGACUACCAGUCCCUCUUCGUCCCCGCCGUCUGUCUUCUGGUCUUCUUCCUGGGCUACACGUCACAAUGGCUUUUCAACGCGGCAGAGAACCUCGAGCCCGGCCCACUGACGCAGAGGGAGACGGCCAUAUUCAACAUCCUCCUCCUUUGCCUGUGGUUGACAUACUACAAGGCCUGCACCGUGCCUCCCGGGCGCUAUGACUUCCCACCGCCUCCAGAAACACCCAAGAAGCCCGAUAAACCAAAACUGACGAGCAAAGACGGCGAGAAACCUUCGAACGAAACAGCCGACACGCCCCAGCCCGAGCUAGACACCAAGGCGACGACGACGACGCGCUGGUGCAAGAAGUGCGACGCGCCCAAGCCGCUGCGCGCGCACCACUGCCGCCUCUGCAAGACGUGCAUCCCCAAGAUGGACCACCACUGCCCCUGGACCAACAACUGCGUCUCCCUGCAGACCUUCCCCUACUUCCUGCGCUUCCUGGUCUACACCAACGCCGCGCUGGCGUACUUGCUCUGGUGGCUGCUGUACCCGCGCCUGCGCCUCAUCUUCUGGGACAACUCGGCGCUGCCCUCAUACCUGGGGCCCAGCGUCCCCGCCCUGGUCCACCUGGUGCUGCUGGCCAUCGUGGGCGGGCUGGUCUCGUUCGCGCUGCUGAUCCUGCUUGUCACCACCGUGCGCGGGUGGGCGCUCAACAUGACCAUGAUCGAGGGCUGGGAGCAGGAGAGGCACGACGCGGUGCUGCUGCGGUCCAGGAGGGCCGGGUGGUGGUCCGGCGGCGACGGCGGCAGGGUCAAGAUCGAGCGUGUCGAGUUUCCGUACGACAUCGGCUUCUUCGCCAACAUGGCGCAGGCCAUGGGCACCAGGAACGUGCUGACGUGGCUCGACCCCUUCAUCGGCGGGGCCCCGACUGUCUCGAAGGAGGUGGGCAAGGGCACGGGCUGGGAGUGGGAGGAGAACGGCUUCAACGACCGCGAGGGCAUGUGGCCGCCCGCCGACCCGGAGAAGCUACGCCGAGCGGCCGAGGGCGGCGCCAAGGGCUGGCCCGGGUCCGAGGCCGCGCGGCAGGAGGCGGAACGCGUCGACAAGAGGUGGACGAGCCCGCAGGAGGAGAUGGCCGCCUUCCGCGCGCGGCAGGAGAUGGACCUGCGCCGGCGGAGGGGCACUUCGGGCGUCAUCGCCGAGCUGGGUGAGGACGAGGAGAUCGAGGACCUCGGGUAUGACUACGUCGAUGACGACAGCGCCGGCAGUGGUGGUUACUACGACGACGACGAGGACGAGGACGGAGAAGACACCCCGGACAAGGCGGUCCCUGUGAUACCCGGCCAGGGCUACUACGAGCGGGGAUUCGAUGGCGAGCCGGGAUGGACGAACUCGGAGGGCGAUCGUCUGCGCGACUUUGGCGUGGACGAGGACGUCGAGGAUGACGAUGAAGAUGUGCCCCUUGGCGAGCUACUCCGUAGGAGAAAGGCCUACGGUAAGGAUAGAUAG